AUGAAGAACGGGUUGAGGCUUGAAGAGACUGGAAGAGGAAACGGUGAGAUUCAAGCACGGUGGGCAGCAAGAGUUGGUAGCUGGUUGACCCAGCCAGUCCCACCAACAGACCGACAGAGCAGAACAAAGACCCGAGGGGAGCAGAACAGAGCAGACAGUCACUGCAAGGCCCAAGCAGAGCGGCAGGAGAAUGCGAAGAUAGUCAAUGCGGGAGAUAACAUCUGCUGUGGACUGGGCGGUGAUCGGGAGAGCGAUGUGUAA